AAAACGCAAUUCCAGAAGUUAAUGGAUGCAUUGUGAGUAAAAGUGGGACUACGCAGCUGGGCUAGUUGGGCCUCACUGGGCCUCUGUGUUCGAUAGCCUUUCCCUUCUUCUCGAAUCCACACAGGGGGAGUAGAAAUUCAUCGAACCAACCCGCGAACCGUGUGUCUGGCUGGGAAAUGGAGUUCUUUCGGCUCUCGCCAUGGCGGCGGUUGCGGGUCUGAGGCGAUUGCUCCGUAUCUGAUAAUCUGAUAUAGUGAUGUUCUCUGGGCAGAAACCUUUCCAGAAGGACUUGGUAGUGCUGCUGUGCCUGCAGGCCUGCCAUAUUGGUUCCUAUGGCUUCUGAGGAAACCAAAUCAAAGAAGAAGAAAGAGGAGGAAUGCAUAAUAAACUGCCUCCCAGGUGACCUCGUUGAGCGGAUAUUUUUUAGGCUUUCAGUGAGCACUUUGCUGAGAUGCACUGAAGUCUGCAAGCAGUGGCACAAAGUCAUCCGAGACCCCCAGUUCAUCACAGCACACCUUGAGCAAGCUCCCCGUUGUGCCCUCCUAUUCUUUCCUCAAGAGUCGGUCCAGGGCAAGCCCUACCCUAGUGAUGCUAUUGUCUUUGAUGAAGGCUGGUCACAGUCAACCGUGGCCGUGCCAGUGAUUGGGCCGGAUGAUUUUCUUUGCGGCUCAUGCAAUGGGCUUCUCUGCUUAUACACAAAGUCAUCAACAAUCAAGAUUGCUAACCUUGCAACCGGUGAAUCCCUGCAUCUUGACAAACCUAUAAAAAAUUUGAAGGGUGAUCACUUCUCUUUCUACCGUAUUGGAUUUCACCCCGUCACAGAAGAGUACAAAGUUAUACAUUUUCUCAGUGCGCAUCAAAAUGAUUCUCAAGGCACCUUUAAUUUCAUUCAAGUUUACACACUUGGGAGUGACAAAUGGAAAGAUGUUAGAAGUUCUGAAGAUCUAAGCUUAAGCUGUGUGAAGAACUCUGGUGUAGUGAAUGUCGAUGGAGCAAUGUUUUGGCUAACUGAAGAUGCCAAAGCUAACUGGAAGCAUGCUGUUAUAUCUUUUGAUCUAAGUGAAGAAAGUUUUGCACGGAUACAGCUGCCAGAUUCUACACUUGGGGGUUAUCGUCGGUACUGGAUCACAGAGAUAAAUGGGAAGGUAUGUAUAGCUACUGCCGAAGUCCACCAGCACCGGUCCAGAAUGGUUGCUGGUAAGCUGCAGCUCUGGACAUUGUGUAGCAAAGUAGAGUCAAGGUGGAGCCAGAUGUACAACCUUCCGUACACACAUAGUUACCUUCCAAGUCCACAUUUUGUUCACUGGGAUAAGAUCAUGAUGCAGUCUUUUUUAGGUGAUCUAUGUUCAUAUGAGUUGUUUGACGACGGCUGUGAGACUAAGUUGAGCAAAAGGGUGAAGCUGCUGAAUUUCUUCCCCCACAAACCAGACAACGUGCAAUGCUUUAUAUGUGUGAAGUCACUUGUAAGAUUAGAUGCAUACAAGAAGGUUGGUAUUGUGCGUGGAUCGAAACAGCAGGGUGGCUGGGGAUUGAAGAAAUGGGAGGCGUGGGAGCGUGACAUUUGCAGUGUAGAGAAUAUGUGGAAAAAUGUCUAUGAGUUGGAGCAGAACUCAUUGGUAACUCCACAACUUCUGGUAAUAGCAGCCAAGGACCUCUUGCAGCAUGUGCCAGAUGAGGUGACUCGGCGGCGAAUAACAAUGGAGAUCGAUCAGACAUUGCAGCAUUUGCCAGAUUGUCCAGAUAAGCAUCGAAGGCCUCAGCGGCGGCUUAAUUGGGUUGGAUGGAAGCGGGAUAAGGAGAAGUUAACAGCUCGUGUGAAUAGAGUAAAGGAUGUAACCAAGGCCUCGAGGCAGGCAGCUGAUGACAUCAAAAGCACGUUAAUUGAUAUGCUGAAUCAUCUUCAGGCAAUGGUGCAGGUAGAUGAUGGCAUUCACAGGUUGUUAAGUGAUUUUCUAAAUCAUCUUCAGCACAUAUCGAGCACAUUGAACUCAGCUGCCAAUAUUUCUAAUGAAUCAUGACAUUUUAGCUGUCUCGGCAUAAUAUUUCCCAAGAGUGACUGGGGAUGGGUGGUGAAUAUGGUGGCGUGAACACUGGAAGACUUCUCAUGUCAUUUUUGUCAACUUCUACCUAUUUCAAAUUUGAAAUAAAAAAAAACUAUUUCAAAUUUUCUUUUGUCGAUGGAUUGCUGAACUCUCUGCGGAGUUCAAUGUUCGCAACAUGUUUUGACCUUGUAAGGCGAUUCUAUUGGAUUAUUUAUGUUCGCAACAUGUUUUGACCUGUGUAAUAUGGACAUCUGGGUAACUUCUUGCUGAAGUCUCUGCGGAACCUUGUAAGACGAUCCUAUUGGAUUAUAUAUGUUCGCAACAUGUUUUGACCCGUGUAAUAUGGGCAUCUGGUUAAGUUCUCCA